UCAUUGCAUAAAAGUGUUUUUCAACAAUUAUUUCACUUCACUCAUCUUACCUCAUCUGAAGUUUUAUGCCCUCUUUUCCCCCCUGAUUUAAUAUCUUGUGUUUCGUGAAAUAAAACCAUUUUACUACAGAUUUAAUGAGGAGUGGGACGGUUGUUUCAGAGUCAUGAGAAUUUGAGAGAAAUGAGAAUGAGAAUUUGAAAAAAAUCAGAUGUAAUGCUGUGACUGCGCUCAUCAGGCUUGAACUGACAGGUGGCAUCACAUCACCGUCUUACAUAAAUCACGACUGGAACGGGAAAAACAAUAACACGUUGUCAUCUGCUCUGUGACACGCUGACCAUGGGUUUACUAGGGUCACACAAGUUAGAGCCCAUCAGGGACAGAAAUAGACCUGCAUGAGUCUGCCCGUUACCAGCUGACUCACUGACUUCUGCUUUUAGUUCCGGAAGGUGCAACCAGUAGAGAAGAGAGGAAGCGGGGAGGGAGGGGUUAAACGCCGGAGAAAAGUUUGUUUGGCUGCCUUAAAAGCAAUGGAUGGAGUUUGUCAAAUCACAUGGCUCGAGUCUGGUCUACAUGUCGCCGGGCUUUAAGGGAAAAUAACACGGAGAGACGAUGGUAAAAGCCAAAAUGUACUGAGUGGUUGCAGAGCUUGUUCAAACGAUGGCAAGUGGGAAUCAGACAGUCGUGUACUUUUAUGAGCAGGUGGUCGUUUUGUUUUCGUGCGCCCUGUCGUUUCUGGGCUCCUCUCUCAUCAUCCUCACCUAUAUCCUUUGGUCAGAUCUGAGGACCACUCCGAGAAGGCUCCUGGUCUACCUCUCGGUGUCUGACUGGCUGUCCGCCGUCUCCUACGCCUUCGGGGUCUGGAGGGCUUUCCGCACCGACUCGAUUGACUGCGUCGUUCAAGGGGCGAUAUCCACUUUCGCCAACACCAGCUCCUUUUUCUGGACCGUGGCCAUUGCGGUGUACCUGUAUGUUUUCAUCGUGAGGUCCAACCAGAGAGUCGCUGACAGCCUGGUGUUGUUUUUCCACCUCGUCAGCUGGGGUGUCCCUCUGGCUAUCACUGUUGUGGCCGUGUCCCUCAACAAGAUUGGUUACGAUGCAUCAGAGGUGUCGGUGGGCUGGUGCUGGGUAAAGAUUGAUGCUUCUGACCGGGUCCUGUGGAUGCUGCUGACUGGAAAGAUCUGGGAGUUCAUGGCUUACCUCACCCUCCCCGUCCUCUACAUCCUGAUCAAACGACACAUCCACGUAGCGCAUGCGGCCCUGUCUGAGUAUCGUCCCAUUUUGGCCAACAGGCCUCAGUCACACUCCUUCUCCUCCAUGGCUGAUAUGAAGCUUACACUCAUUCCCAUUAUCUUCAUCGUCCUGCGCAUCUGGAGCACAGUGCGCUUCAUACUGCUGCUAGCCGGCUCUCCAGCCAAACACAACGCGGUGCUGGUCACUCUUCAUGGAAUUGGCAAUACCUUGCAGGGAGCAGCCAACUGCAUCAUGUUCGUAUUGUUGACUCGACCAAUUUGCACGCGCCUCUGCGCCGCACUCUGCUGCUGCUCCAAGGCUGAGGCAGAGGCGCAGCACUCGCAGGACGCCCCUCACAGGCUGCUGCCAGGACAGGACGCCUCCACACACAGAGAGGACGACACCGUUCGAGUCCGCACUGAUAGAUGACACCAGAUUCUGUGGAUGUGAAGCUUAACAACGGUGAACAUGAAGGGAGGGAGUGAUGGAGGGCUCCGCUUUCCAUUUAGCCUCAUUACAGGAAGUGCCUGCAGAGGGGAGGUUGGACAUUUUGCAGGUGCAUGCACAUCCGUGUCACAGGAAAAGUCACUCUGCCUGCACUUUGGCUGAUGAUGCUUCCUGACUCAAUAUGUUACACAUAAAUAGUAUAGUUUGACAGAUGGGUUGUACAUCAAACUUUUGUUUUUGUACAAGGUUCCUGGUUGAUCUUUGAACAGGUGUUCAUUCUGUGAAGGACACUUCAGCAGCUUUAUUUAUCGCGUACUGUGUGGUUUUAUUUACGUUCAUUUAUUUUCAUUCUCCCUGAAAUGAAUGUUUAUACUUCACCUUGUGCUACUGAAUAUUCUAGUAUUUUAAUUUUUGGAAAAAUCUACCUUACCUUUGCCUUUGAUGCCUCAUUGUGUUCAGGUAAAGAAUAAUAACACCUUUACAGCAUCCUCAGCAUUAUCUUUACAUGACAAACACACUGUAAAUUUGUUCAAACUUUUCAUUUUCUCUGUUACUGAACAUGCACAGCAAAUGUGGUCAGCUAAUUGACUGUCAGUUAGGGAAGAGUCACAGCAGGAAAACAAAAGUUAUCAUAACAUCUGUAGAAACUUCUCGUUCCAGUCCUACACCAUAAUCUUCCGUAUUCUGUGCGGUUGAUCUGUGUGCAGAGUCAUUGUUUUACUGAAAUAUAACUAAAUACACUUACAUGUUGCCAUGGCACUUUGAGAAAUAGGACAACGUGGACACGGCACAUUUAGUCAUAUUUUGGUGAACCAAUGAGUACUUAGUAGUUUGUUAACGUAACAAGAAGUGCAUGCAGAUGAAAAUGAUGCUGCAGGCGUUUGUGAAGUUUCUGUUAAUGUUUCAAUGUUUAUUUUCCAAAAGUGGAAACCAGUCACCGUUACGACACAUUGCAACUGACAUUAACUCAAGCUAACCACAGCUGCUGUUCUGUUACAGCCAUCUUUGAAGAACGAUAUUUAAAGUUUGUUUUGAGUUUUGAGUUUUUUGAGUAGAUUUUAAAUUUAAUAUAUUUUACAAUGUAACUUAAUCAUAAAAUAAUUCUCUAAUGUGUGUCCAGUGUGACUUUGUGUGGAAGAAGCAUCAUUACAUUUGACCAUCCUUUCAAAAUGUCACAUAAAAAUAUAAAACAUCCUCAUGUGUUGCUCACAUCAGGCAUCGAUUCCCUUUAUUCUUGCCUCACUUCAAAGUUGCAACAGUUUUCAGACAGCAGUUGCAAAAGCUCAUCAGUAUUCGACAUGUCACCAAAAUCAAGUUGACAACAUUAAGGCCUUUGUGGUUAGGAUGCAUGACCUAUCAUCAUCACAUGGUGUCCUUCCUCCUUGAAACCCAGUCCUCACUUCUCCUUUGACCCCUGCUGCUGUUGGCCCCUUUUUGCCCAACUGAGCUACAGGUCAAAGGCGUACAACAGUGUACUGACAACAGUGAACCCACCAAACGGGACCGACCUGGAUUACAACCACAACCUGCUUCCUAUAGCUCCCGCAGGUCUUGAAAGUAUAUGAACUACACUCGAACAUGAUCCAUUACUUUGCUGAUUGUUGGGUGAGGUGAGGAUUUUCCACCAUGUUGACAGUCAAUUUUCUCAUUUUCUCAGUUGUUCGACUCUCCCAAAGGGCAAGGGCUUGUUCAGGAAGUCUUGUUCGGUCUCUUUGAUGAAGUGCAGAAGGAAUUGAUGUUCUGAAACUACUUUAUGUCAGACUUUUUACUCUUAUGAGGGCAGUUCUCAGAUAUUUACUUGACACGGAGACUUUAUUCUGUUUACACUGAAAAUAUUAAAAACAUAAAUAAAACACUGGUUUCAUG